AUGGAUGAAGUCCAUCACGACUGGAAAAAUACCAUCAACUUGAACAUUCUGUUCUUGAAAGUAAUGGGUUUGUGGCCAAGAAAGAACGAAGUCUACAAGCCAGGUUUCUACAUGGUAUAUUGUGGCAUUGUCGUCACGCUUUUCGUCGCCUGGCACAUCUUCACACAAGUGAUUAACAUUUACUUCGUCGGUAACAACUUCGAAUCCGUCGUUGCCAUCGCGUACAUAAUUUUGAUAGAAAUUACGGCGAUUUUCAAAGUUUUCUUUGUUAUAAAGAAUACGAAAAAGCUGAAAGAACGAAUGGCUCUUUUAAAAAGCAACUGGUUUCAAAAGAGCAAUCAUGAACAAAAAGUUUUGAUUGAAUCUAGUAUCAAAUUUUGGAAAUCUGUUUACCGGAUGUUCAUAGCUAUGAGUGUCUCAUGUAAUACCUUCUGGUUGAUCUACCCACUUUUGGAUUCGUCUGCGGAAGAAAAGCGUUUACCGUUUCUAGCGUGGUAUCCAUACGAUUACAGAAUUUCACCUUUGUACGAAAUUACGUACGGUUUUCAAGUAUUUAGUGCAACUUAUUUGACUUUGGUUCAUCUCAAUGUUGAUAAUUUGAUGUACACUUUCAAUGUUUAUAUGAAAUGUCAGUUUGAUAUACUGAGUGAUAACUUAAGAAAUUUUACGAAGAUGUCUAGCGACUUCAACAAGAGUUUGAUUAUGUGCGUUUUACAUCACAAGAGAAUUUUAAGGAAUUUAUUAAUUUUUGUUAUAAAUGUUAUUAAUCCAAUCAAGAUAUCAGCUUUCAAUGUUUUUUACCUUUCUUUAGCUACAUUUAUGACAAUUCUCAAAACUGCCUGGUCGUAUUUUGCUCUCCUAUACCAACUUAGUCUGAGAAAUAAAUAA